AGACAUGGGGACAGCUCAGUGGUGACAAAGAGGACGAUGUAUGGCAACAUCGAGUCCGGGCAGCCUGGGCAGGAAUGGGGGACAGGAGCCUGUGGGGACAAAGCCUGCAGUGAGCUGUACCCCAUGGAGGAGAACCUCUACGAGCCUUUGGACCCCCCCAUCACCGCACCAAGCCGGAAGCACUCACCUGACCCCCCAGGUACGGCGUGGGUGUCCCAUAGGGACGUGGCAAUGCAGCCCAAAUUGGGGUCCUGCGGCCCCCAUCAGGACCCACUGUCACCUCCCUCAGUGUCCCCGGCACGGCAGAGCUGCCCCCAGGACAGGCUGCUGCUGGUGGGCGCCGUGGCCCUGGGGGUCUCAGUGCUGCUCAACGUGUUCCUCCUCUCCCUUGGGACAAGGCAGAUCUCAGCGCUGACCGCAGCCCUGGAGGAGGCAGAGAAGCCGCAGCCCAACUCCAACAUGACGUCCCGCUCCUUCCUGCUGUACAACAGAGCUCACAAUAUGUGCGUGGAGGCGCGGGGGCAGCAGCUGACGGCGGCCCCGUGCCGUCCCGAAGCGGCCGCGCAACGCUUCCAGUGGCUGCCGGGGAAGCGGCUGUGGAACGCGGAGCGGCGGCGGUGCGUCACGGCGGCGGCGGGGAGGAAUCUGUCCGUCGUGGAGUUGAGGCCGUGCCGGGAGGACGGAGGGCUGCAGCGGUGGGAGUGCGGGGACGGAGGGCUGCUGGCGCUGGCCGGGAUGCGGCUGUACUUCAAUUACGGCAACAACGCGCUGCGAACGGUGAUGCUCUACGUGGGGGACCGCGAGUGGAGCCGUUGGGUCGUGCACGGGAGCAACGAUGACCUCUGCACGCGCUCCUGUUGCCCCAUUUGCCCCCAGGGUUGGACCUAUUUCGGGGGGUCGUGUUAUUUCUACUCCAAAACAGCCAAGACGUGGGACAACGCGCGGGGCUUCUGCUCAGCCCAUGGGGCACAGCUGCUGGAGGUGGACGGCCCCGAGGAGAAGGCUCACAUCCAGAGCACGCUGAGCCUCUCCUCCUGGCUCGGCAUCAGGGACGAAGAGCUGGAGGGCACCUGGAAACGAGCAAACGGCUCCAUCGUGAUCCGGGGACACGGCUCGUGGCACUGGAGCGAACCCAACGGCGGGCGGAGGGAGAACUGCGCGGCGGUGCGCACGGAUGGGAUGUGGUACGAUUACCCCUGCAGCAGUGAGCUGCCCUGGGUGUGCGAGGGGCAGCCCUGGGCGUGCGAGGGGAACCCCUGAAACGUGUGGGGGACGCUUGGAGGGGGGGACCCCUCAGACCCCUGUCCCCAACCCACCUCCGCUUGUGCCCGCCUCCUGUACGUCCGUUUCGGGGUUUGGAUGGAUGUCGGGGUCCCCUGCGGGGCAAUAAAUGCGUGUGCAGAGUGAGA